CCGCUACUUCAAGUAGCGGUUUUUGUUUAAUAAACCGCUACUUCAAGUAGCGGUUUUCUAGCAGGUAUAAUUUCCUGAUUUCACUUUCCUCUUUCAUUUUCGUCUUCUCACCAAAAUCCCAUCCACGCCUUCCACCAAAAUCACACCUCCUUCAACGGAAGCCGGCGCAGCCAAGGAAUCCACCGACGCCGCCGGAGCAUUCCUCAGCAACGAAGGCCGCCGCUGUUGACGCCGAGGGUUCGACUUUAGUGGUCGGCUUCGCUAAUUUCAGAAGAAACGUGCUGAUCUUCUUGUUUGUGAAUGAAACAUGGAGGUUCCGAACUACCCUCUAUAUUGCUAUUGGGGUGGAGAAAUUGUCCACAAAGAUAGCGAUAUAACGUAUAGGGGUGGGAAUCAAAAAUUUGAGUUUGUACAUUCUGCGAUGACAUAUUCACAAGUUCUGAACAAGCUAUAUGAAGAAUUGAGUGUUGAUCCUAGAGGUGUGGAGUUGAAGGUGGUUAUGCGUUAUCCUAUGGCUGGGGCAUAUGUUGCAAUUCCGUUAAAUGACGACAACGCUGUUAGAGCUAUGUGGAUUGCUGUGACUCAGAGUUCUUCUGUUGCAAUGCAAUUGUUCAUUGAACAAGUUCCAAAGGAGCCAGUUGUGCAAACUAACACUGGUUCCUUUCCGGGGAUGGAUUUUUUUGGUAGUGUGGAUCAACCGUUUUCCACUGGUGUUCAAAGUGUGGGCAUAGGGUCAUUCACAAGAAUGCUUGUUGAUCCACAUUAUGUCAAUGACCAUCUCUCACAGUUUAGGUCUCCGGCCUCAUCGCCUAAUGUUGGAACCUCGACAAGCACACAACCACAAGGCAUUCUUGAUUCUCUUGACCCAAACAAUGUUGAUGUAUUUGGCGAUGCAGAGAUGAAUGACACUGAUGAGAUGAUGAUGAAGAGGUAAUUGAAGCUCGUGAUAAGGCAAUUAAAGGAAGCGCCCCCACUUCAGACUUCAAUGAAGUGGCGCAAGUUGAUCCUCGUUUGAAUAACUCAUGGAUGUCU